AUGGCAGGGAUGGAGCCCACACCCUCAAAAAUUGAGGAUCCCUCUGUCAUUGAGGGUCUCAUAUUUGAGCCGAGCCAAGUUCAACUAGCCCCGGACCCAUCACCUACUCCCCCAACUGCCAGAGACAUUGUGGUGCUGGAUGAUCCAUGCAACCUUUUCCUGGAAUAUGAUUCUGCUGAUGACAUGGAUGUUGAGGUCAAGGUUGAAGUUGAAGGUGGUGAUGAGGCAUACCCAAAGAAUGAAAUCAUCGAGUUUUGGGUAACAUUUAUCGACAUCCGGGUAACUAAUAUUGAGUUCCAGGUAUUUUGUAAAUUGAACAAAUCACCAAGCACCAAGUACUGA